AUGUUAUUCAAGAUCGCACCAUUCGACCUUCACCAUCCAAAACACGCGCUGGACAGUCAUUUCCUGAACCCAAAAACAGCUAAACAGGUGCGAAGUUUUCUUGGCCUCACUGGUUACUUUCGAAAAUUCAUUCAACAUUAUGCCAAAAUUGCAAAACCCCUCAGUGACUUACUACGUGAGUCCACUCCUUUUGAGUUUGGUCCUGCGCAACAGCACGCUUUCUUAAAACUGAAAGAAGCACUUUCCAGUGAUCCUGUUCUGCACCUUUAUCAACAAGGUUUACCGCUUCAACUUCAUUGUGACGCAAGUAAAUACGGUUACGGAUCUGUUCUCUUGCAACAAAUCACUGAUGUAAAAGUUUGCAAUGAGUUGAACUAA